GUGUGAUUGGGAGAUUCCGAUGAUUUUUUCAAUGUUGCGUCUGUCGUCUCAUGUUGUCUGACCAACUUUGUCUAGUUUUGGAAUUGUUCAAUUUAGUGAAACAAAGUUAGAAAGAACGAAAAGAAAGAUUCCUUGCAGAUUGAAUGGGUUGGUCAAUUAUUUUAUUUUUAGUCAAUUGUAGCUUGUAGUUUUUAAAAUUAAGUUUCAAUUUAAUUAUUGACAAAGUUUUAAGUGAGUUAUUUCUUUCAAUGCAACUCCUUAAUCCGGUAUUUUCGGAAUUUCUGACAAAUAGUUAAUUGUUAAAAUUGAGUCUGCAGCAUUUCAAAAUUCCAUUCAGUUUGUAAUUAUAGAGAGAUAUAAUGAAAUUAGAAGUAGAAUAUUUAACACAGGAGCAUCUGACUGGCUUCGAAAAUUAUAAAUAUAGUUGUAUGGACACAAGUCCUAUCAGCAUUUACAUCACUCAUCCGUUUUGGAACAAAGUUGUUCAGUUCUGUCCAAGAUGGGUUGCUCCAAAUGUCUUAACAUUCUUUGGUUUUCUGUUUACUGCUUUGAAUUUCGUCUUGUUUGCCAUUUACGAUUACUACCUCUAUGCAUCGAGUGAUGAUCAACCUGCAUAUCCACUAAUUCCAAGAUGGGUUUUUGCUGCGGCGGCCUUCAAUAUUUUUGUAGCACAUACUCUUGAUGGAAUUGACGGAAAACAGGCGCGACGAACACAAACGUCAGGUCCAUUGGGUGAACUCUUUGAUCAUGGAUUGGACAGUUGGACAACAAUGCCAAUUGCAGUUUGUACAUUCUCAAUAUUUGGAAGAACAGAUCACAGUGUUAAUCCACUGCGAAUGUACUUUAUUCUCUGGACUGUUUUCCUCAAUUUUUACCUGAGUCAUUGGGAAAAAUAUAAUACUGGAGUUUUAUUCUUGCCUUGGAGUUACGACGCAUCCAUGUUGGGGACAACUGUACUCUUUCUUGUAACAUAUAUCUUUGGUCACAAAUUGUGGAAGAUUCAAAUAUAUGGUGAUAUUUCUGUUAGUGAAUUGAUUGAAAUACUCUUAUAUGUAAGUGCCAUAGGUUCAAGUGUUCCAGUAGUUCUGUGGAACAUUUAUAAGUCAUAUAGAGAUAAAUCUGGAAAAAUGAGAAGUUUCUGGGAAGCCGUGAGGCCUUUGGUGCCUUUAGUUUUUCUUUUCGUCACAGCAACAAUGUGGAUUAUCCAUUCUCCAAAUAAUAUUUUAGAACAGGAUCCUAGAAUUGUUUUCUUUGCCAUUGGAACAAUAUUUUCUAAUAUCUGCUGUCGAUUGAUAGUAUCGCAAAUGAGUAACACCAGGUGUGAAGUGUUACCUUGGGUACUGUUUCCUCUUGCUGUUGCAUGUGUCGUUUCCUUCAUCUCGCCUAAUUUAGAUCUUCAAUCCAUGUAUUUGGUAUCUGCUCUUGCAUUUAUAGCUCACAUUCAUUAUGGAACGUGUGUGGUUCGACAAAUGUGCCGACACUUCCGAAUUAAGACGUUCUCGAUAAAAAAUCAUUCAGAUUGAUUGCUUGCCGACAAUAUAUGCUAAAAUCGAAGGCGAAAAUUAAAAGCGAGUCGGGAAAGAGGAAAGAUCUGAAAUAAGCCAAUUAAUUAUAAAUUAAGCGUCAAUUAACGCUUAAUUCAUUAAAAUUUUGAAUUUUAAAUCUAUUUAUGUACAAUAUUUCAAAUACUCGUGACUCAUUAAUUUUUCUUUUUUAAAAUAAUUUUUAAUACUUUUUAAAUAACUUUUUUUGUUUUGCUCUUUUCUUUUUUCUAGUCGAUUAUUUCAUCACUAUGACAUUUAAUUAGGAAUUAAUUUUGACUCGUGUUUAAAUAUUGGUAGUAUAAUCCUUUCGGUUUUAACAUAUAUUGUCCCCAAAUAGAAUGUUAGACGUUUUUUUACCGGUUUCUUAUUCUUUUUAGUUUGAUUGCCGAAAUGUUAUUUCUUCGAUACUGCCGAUAGUCGUACGAAGAGAUUAAAGAAAAUGACACAUUCGAAAGACGAUAAAUGAAUUCUCGUGAGACUGUUGACAGUUGCGAAUAAUUUCCUCAACGAUCUGAUGUCGUCAAUUAAUUUUUUGAAAUUUUCUUUUGAAAAUUGAGAUAAUUUUUUUUUUUUUGUAAACUGAAAUGUAAAAUUUUAUAUUUCAGUUUCUAGUCAUGCCUGUUGUUGUUCUCAUUUAAUCACUAACAAGAAUUAAGCAUUUUUGUUUAAAGAAUGCGGAUGGGGAGAAAAUGAUGUUUUUUUGAAUUUGAAUGAAUUCGAGCGCGAAUAUAUUUAAGGAUUAUGACUAGUGUCUGUUCCAUUCCUCAAAUUCGUGCUCGUUUAAUUUUUUUUUGAUUAAUAGUUGAAGUGAGAGUCUCGGCGGCCAGUCAAUAGACUUAAGAACAUUCGACUUUCUUAUCUCUCAUUUAUUUAACUAGUGUAAAUUUUUUAAGCGUCACCAAAAUGUCGGAAGUUGCCUGAUUAUUUUUUAACAAAAAUGUACUUUUUAGAAUUAUAAUUAUGUACUUUUUAAAUCUCGAGAAGACGAAUUGUUUAUGUCCAUCAGUGACAUUUUCAAACGGCAUUUUCAAAUGAAUCGCAUAAUUUAUCAAAUAAACUUAAUAAAAUUGCAACUACGAAAUAUGUACAAACUAGUUAACGAAUUGUGUGUAAAUUAAGAAUACUUGCACAUCUAUCAAAUAAACAAAAAUUGAAAAAGUGAAAUGUAUGUACAUAAAGAAUACAUAAAAUUAAUUUUUACCAAAA